UUCCGGGUCCUGGCUAGAAUCACUUAUAUGUUGCCGUCCUCAUCCAGCUCAAUAUGUUGAAACAGACUUUGGAAGAGACACCUCGAACUUACCGGUGGAAUAAAAAAACGCCCUUAAUAUCAGUUCCUCCCUCCCUUUUCCCCGACAGAAAGAGCUCCUGUAGUCCAUCCUUGAACUUCUUCGCUUAGAGUUGUCAGUCACUCGACAAAAACCAUCAAAAUGGCAUCCCCUCGUGAGAGAAACAACACCAAGUACGCCUCCGACGACGAGACCUCGGAAGCUCCCAGCGAACAGCAGCAGGAGAAGCCCCAACGUCGCCAGAACCGCAGCAAGAGCAAGCAGAUGCAGAAGCGUCAGCAGGGUCAGCAGCAGGGCGGUCCCCUCGGCGGCCUCACCGAUGGCGGUGUUACCAACGGUGUCCAAAACACACUAGGCAAUGUUGCUGGUGGUGCCUUGGGCGGUGGUGGUGGUGGCAGCGAUAAGAGCGAUACACUGCGGUUGCGUCUGGAUCUCAACCUCGACAUCGAGAUUACGUUGAAGGCGCGCAUCCACGGUGACCUCGAGUUGGCUCUCUUGAACUGAGAGACGUUUUCCCAGGGACAAAUCUUAACGCAAUCCAUCCGCCGGGUCGGUUUCCUUUGUUAUUUUAAUUAUCAUACGGAGUCGCGGAAAUCUUAGUGGGCAAGAUGUUUUCAUUUUGCCGGAAUUUGCGGGCUUCUUUUGUUGAUUCCCCCUGGUCAUUCCUCCGUAAAAAGAAACGGUUUGGGCCCGACAAUGGGCGGAAGGAGGACUUGGUGGACAGGUGGAAUAUUGGUAUGCAUCUGCCACUUGUAUUAUGAAAGACUUGUGCAUCGACAUUAUGAGAUACGGACGCUAUUUAGGGAAAUGUUAUGGGUAUCCUGUUCAACGUUAGCCAAAGCACUCUAAACCGUUUUUUUCUUCUUCUUUUCUUUUUCGAACUGAUACGGAGUACGGAUACUUGACCAUGAAUUACGAGUUCUCGUCCUCGGAGUGACC